GGGGGAUAUUUGGCGGGCAGUGAGUGGGAAGAAAUAGCAGAAGCAAAGCUGGAGUUGUCUAACGAGUGCACACGCAAAGGAGUGUGAACCUUUCCCACCCAAAGACAGCCUGUGUGGCCAAAAAAAGGGCUUCCCGUCCACUGCCAUGAGAGCUCCACCUAGUCUUGGCAGAGCUGUCCCUCGGGGACCCGCGUGAUGUCCCGUGACCCUGUAGCGGAGCACCGACGACGCCUCUGAAGAUCCCACUCGUAACACGCCGUGAGAAUGACGCUCCUUCAGCCUCCUUGGCCCCGCCUCGCCAUCUUUGCCGGACUGCUGCUGGUCACCCGUUGGGCACCCCCGGGGGUCCGCUGCCAGAAUGACACGGAGCCGAUCGUGUUGGAGGGCAAAUGUCUGGUGGUGUGCGACUCCACCCCCUCCGCCGAGCCGUCUGGAAACUCGCUGGGAAUGUCGGUGAGGUCGGGAACGGGCAGGGUGGCGUUCUCGGCCAUCCGCAACACCAACCACGAGCCCUCAGAGAUGAGCAACCACACCAUGACCAUCUACUUUGACCAGAUCUUGGUGAAUGUCGGUAGCCAUUUUGAUCCCGCCAGGAGCUUCUUUGUGGCGCCGAGAAAGGGAGUCUACAGUUUCAACUUCCACGUGGUCAAAGUCUACAACAGGCAGACGAUACAGGUGAGUCUGGUUCUCAACGGCUGGCCGGUGAUCACGGCCUUCGCGGGCGACCAGGAUGUGACCAGGGAAGCUGCCACCAACGCUGGCCUGGUGAUGAUGGAAAGGGGGGACAAGGCGUACCUCAAACUGGAGCGGGGCAACCUGAUGGGAGGGUGGAAGUAUUCCACUUUCUCCGGAUUUCUGGUCUUCCCCUUAUAAGGUGGAGGUUUGUGGAGAGACCUCGGCUUUAUCGUAGCUACGAAACAUUCUAAUGGGGGCGGUCUGCUGGGGAUGUCAAAGACUUCCAAGAUCGUCGGCGACAUUUCUCUCGCACCAAAAUAAUCCUGAAUAUAUGUUCCGUUUCCUCUGCACUUUUAUGGCUAACCCUUGAUUGUAACCUGAAGUCUGUGCUUGCUCGCACCAUGAGGCUUGAUCUUUUCCCGAAAGCAUGAAUCUAUUUGUGUAUUUCUAUCUUGAGCUAGCUAUCUCGAGUUUGUCAUCCAGCUCAAGCGAACCCGUGAAAAUGUCUGUUGAGGCGAGCAUUCGGAAUAGCUAGCUAUUACUGCAUUAUCUAUCUAUCACUUUCAAUAUACUGCAUCACACGUCGAAUGUACCGUUUGUGCUCGUGCGAACGAGCGAACAUCGAAUUCCUCGGGCUGAUAAACUUCACCUGGUCAAAAGCG